UGCAGAUGUGAGCCAUGGAAACACCUCUGGAAAAGGCCUUGGCAACCCUAGUCUGCACCUUCCACAAGUACUCAGGGAAGGAAGGUGACAAGAUGACCCUGAGCAAGAGGGAACUGAAGGAGCUGGUGAAGAAUGAGCUGGGCCUGGGGGAGAGGCUGAAAGAGGGCGGCAUUGAGCAGCUCAUGAAAAGCCUAGACCGGAACAGCGACCAGGAAAUCGACUUCAAGGAAUACUCGGUUUUCCUGUCCACCUUGUGUAUGGCCUACAACGACUUCUUCCGGGGACAGAGCAAGUAGCUGGAGGGCAGUAGGGGCUGAGACCGGGCCCCAGAGCCCCUGGCUCUGGAUACUGUCCAGCUGCUUUCAAUAAAAAGCGUUUUGUCCACAGUUCUCCCAGUGUUAUGUGUUUCCUGCUGUCCAGCUGUCCUUCCAUCCACCCUGCUGUGCCAUCUGUCCAGGCUAGAAUAUGUCG